AUGACAGAGACUGCUAGUUUCACUACGGCUCGCUACGGCCAGGCGGCUUCCACUUCCACAGCCGCCAGCCUCCCGGGCAAAUCACUCGCAGGUCCAUCCGCAGCGAGCAUCACCGGCCCCUCGUCGAACCUGCACUCGCAUCGCCAGAGCCACAACUCCUCCAAGCUGCCGUCGUUCCGCUUCGCCGACAUCAAGAACGGAUCAGCCGCCUCGUCGCAUUCGCAGCCCCUGCCGCACGUCGCGAAGCAGCCGCUGGGCCUCUCCUCUCGACAGCUCGCACCCCCUGUGGCCUCCAACGUCUCCGCCGCCUCGCAGUCAGACGUCGCUCCCAGAGACAGGCUGAAGACGCGAUCGGAACCAGCUCCGACAAAAGUCUUGGCCUCGUCUGCGUCUGCGCGCAACCGCCAGGCGCCGCCCGCGUCCGAAAAGCUCGCAUCGCCGCCGCGUCCGAACCUGCGCCCUCGAGCAUCGUAUCAAACCACCAUCAAGCCGCCAGCCGUGGAACAGAUCCGCAGAGUCAGGCGCCCCUUGUCGUAUCCCGAUUCCCUAGCCAACGAGGCUGCGCAGUCAGCAAAAACCACCACGAGUGUCGCGCGCUCGUCUUCCCUGAGGCAGACCACUCGCCGGCUGCCAGCAUCAUCCCGUAGCUCCAACACCAACCGCGCAGUGACGCCCGAAGGUCCGCGCACUUCACUCAGCGCACGUUACCCAACCAUCGACGAAGCCAUCUCUCCCACCACACGAGUAUCGGAUCCAAAAACAGCCAUCAGGGAGCGAACGCAAACGCAACGAGAUCUGUCGGCCUCCAAACCGCUGCCCUCCUCGGGUCUUUCAGAUGACAAUCAAGACCAGUCGCAGCAGCGUCCACCUGUUUCUUAUAAGCACCUGGUAAACAACGCCACUGCCGGCCAACCAACGGCUUCGAUCGCCUCUCGAUUACCGCCCACUCGGGGCAUCCGAUCGUCGGGCUCUCGCAAGAGCUCCACCGACGACAAUAUGAGCUACAGCUCUCGCGGCUAUGAUGCGGAAGAUCGAUACAUCGACUCGACUGACGACCACACCCUUCGCGCCUCAGAUGGGGAUUUCUUUGAACAAAGGAGCCCUCCUGGUUCUGGGCACGGCGCUAACGGUGGCGAUGAUACGGGCGAUGUCUUUCUAAAAAUUGCUUCUGAAGAGGCAGCACGAAAUUCCGAAACCAACAACGCCAGUGACAGAACUACUACGUACAAAAUUAGUCGCACCACAAGUCAGCGCCCACUUUCACAUGCUGCUACCUCUUACUACCCCGUAUCCCCACCUUCAGUGAGCCGCAGGCUCUCUGAUCAACAAGACCGGGAAAGUCGUCGAUCUGUUAGAUACGAAGAUGAACUAACAAGCGAAGUGGCACGGAGCAGCUCUUAUCGCAGCAGCCAGCUGAGAGACAAGGCCAUAUCCUCCCGUCCCUCUGAAGACAGCUCCUCUAGGGCCAGCAGUUCGGGCCUACGUCCUUCGCUCAUGACGCCCCGGUCUGCAGGUUAUCAGGAUCAGGCUUCGGAGAACUCUUUCUAUAAUAGAAGAAAGUCCUCUAUUGUUGAUUCUGCUUCCUCCAGCUCGGCACGCUCACCGACUCAUAAAGCCACCGUGCUCGUUCAAAGCCACACCAAGGCCUAUAACCCGUCACCUUUAAACCGAUCUUUCGAGAUGCAGGAUGAGGAUGAUGAACCCGAUGCUGGUAAUUUUGCUGACGGAACCGAGUCAACCACGUCGACUAACGCACCGUCUACAGUCUGGGACGAGCUGGACGAUCUGAAAUCGCGAAUCCAUCGUCUUGAAUUGACUGGAAAGCUACCGCCUACCUCUGCGGCCGCGCUGAUCAAGUCUUCAGAAGACAGGCCACCAACAGCUACAACAACAGUCACUACCAUGUCAAUUUCCCCCAGAAAAUCGGCAGCUGGCCAACAGACAGAUGCCGGCAGCUCUACGUCGUCGCAACGAGAGGCGCACUCGAACUUGCAUUCGGCGCUCAGUAAAAUCAAGACAACUCUUAGCUCGGAAGUGUACCGCGCGCUUGAAACAGCCGCGAACGAUGCUCUUGCACUGUCCUCCAUGAUGGGCGCGCCUGGCCAGCCUGGCCCGAUAUCAGGUUCCGCCAGCGUAGUCAGUGGCGGCGGCGGACCUGUACUUACAGAUCGUCAGCUUCGCCGCAGAACGGACAGUGUCUGUCGUAGCUUGACAGAACUUUGCAUCGCCCUCGGUGAGGACUCGGCUCGGCCUGCAGUGACUGUUCCACAGGUGGUGACUACACAGCUUAACCCAACGCGAAGCCCGAGUGCGCACCCGGAGCCACCGGUAACUCCAACCAUGACGAACAGCAAGACCUAUUCGGUCUCUCGUCGCAACAGUGUUGUGCCUGAACAAGCCACGCAAAUUAUUAGCAGCCCUAGAGCCACAUCUAAAUAUGAGGAGCGACGAAGCAUGAUGUUGAACGGGAACCCUCUGACUAGUCCUCGGAACUCUGCAUCUACUCCUGCGACUCCUAUCGACGCAAUGUCAGCUGCUCGCAGAGCCUCCCUUGUCAUAUCGCGCGCUCGUCGAGCGGUGACAGAGGAGCCGGAAGACGGCAGGAAAUCAUCAGCUCUCUUACGGAGUCGACGACUAGCGGGCGAAGAAUCUGACGAGGGCGGCCGAAGGACCUCAUUUCUCGUCCGUAAUCGUCGGGGUACUGUUGGUGAGGAAGAUGAAGGGGCCAGAUUCAGAGCUCCAUCCCGCGCUAUUACCGAGAUGAACGGGACUCGAGGAAGUGCCAGGGAAUAUCCGUAUGUUUCUGAUGCCCCAACUCCGCUGCUCGAGGUCAACACUCCACAACCCCCGUCGGCCCUUAGCCGACGACGAUUUAUAACUUCCAAUCUGCAACCUUCUCGCUUGACGGUUCCCUCUACUGCUACCACACCCACGACCAGGAGGUUCUUGGAGAGGUCGCUGCCUGAAGGCGUCGAGAGUGGUUCUGAGAGACCUAGUGAAAACCGUCUCUCACGACAUCUAUCUGUUCAACAUGGUUCUUCAAACCAUACCUCCACCUAUCAUUCCUUGCAGAAUCGAACCAGCAGCCUGCAAAUCCGUCGGACGAAUCGGGAUAACAUGGCUAUCCCGGCCUCCUCGACAACCGCCUCCAACGGCUUGAGAUGA